CCCGCUUCGCACCGCGGCGGGGGAAGGGCGGCGGCUGUUUGCCUGGCAGCCCAGACAGGCUCGAAAGGACGACAAGCGCGAUAAGGGAAGGAAGCGGCUCUUCCGCCGCCGCCUCCUCCUGUAGGGCGGGGAGGCUGGGCCCGCAGGGAGGGGAGCUCCGCCCCCUUCUCCUGCCCGCUGAAGAGCCAGCGAAAGGCUCGGGGCAGCGCACACAGCGGAGCGCGGCACUCGGGGGCAGCGGCACCGGCACCGGCGGGCACAGGCAGCGCCCACGCACCGCACCGCACCCCGCCUGCGAGCGCCUCUGGCUCGGGCCAGCCCUCGGCUCGGGGGCGGGCGGCUUGGCCGCGCAAAGGCGGUUUCGGCUCCAGACGCGGCAGCGGCGUUUGGAGGAGGGAGCGGCGGCAGCAGCGAGCGCUGGGUUUGGCCGGCUUCCCCGCGGGACCUCGGCUCUGGCGGCCCAGAUGAGUGACGUUGGAAUCAAGAACAUGGAUCAGGUAGCUCCUGUAUCUAACAUCUACAGAGGAAUGCUCAAGCAUCAACCUGCAUUUGACGUCUUUGAUGUCACAAGCUCUUUGUUUGCAGGAUAUUUUCCCUCAUUAAAUGAAGAUCAAACCCUUCAAGAAGUACCAACAGGGUUUGAUUCAAUUUCUUAUGAGUCAAACAGCUGUGAAUUGCCCCUCUUAACCCCAUGCAGUAAGGCUGUGAUGAGUCAGGCCUUAAAAGCUACUUUCAGUGGCUUCGCAAAGGAACAGUGUCGGCUGGGUAUCCCGAAUAAUCCUUGGCUGUGGACUGAACAGCAGGUUUGCCAGUGGCUUUUCUGGGCUACCAGGGAGUUUAGUUUGGCAAAUGUGAACUUUCAUCAGUUUGUCAUGAAUGGCCAAGAUUUGUGCAACCUGGGCAAGGAACGUUUCUUGGAGCUAGCUCCGGAUUAUGUAGGCGACAUUCUGUGGGAACACCUGGAACAGAUGAUAAAAGAUAGUCAAGAGAAGAGACAGGACCAAUAUGUUGAAAACUCUCAUCUUACCUCAGUCCCGCACUGGGUCAAUAACAACUCAUUAAGUUUUAAUACAGAACAGGUCUCUUAUGGUAUGCAAAUGCAUAGCUACCCCAAAGCCAGCCUCCUGAGUGACUUAUGUCAGACUUCUGCAGGACCAAAUCUCCUUGGCCCAGAUCAAGACUUUUCCAUGUUCCCCAAAGCUCAGUUAGAGACAGUCAAUGUGAACUACUGCUCCAUGACCCACGACUUCACAAACAAUCUGAACUUGCUGAUAGAUAACUCUGGUAAGCCCAGAGAGCAUGAAUCCAGUGACAGCGGCACAGAAAGUUAUGAAAGCACAGAUUCUCAACUUCAGUCCUGGAACAGCCAAUCAUCUUUAGUGGAUGUACAACGUGUGCCCUCUUACGAAAGUUUUGAAGACGAUUGUAGCCAGUCUCUAUGUCUGAACAAACCUACAAUGUCUUUCAAAGAUUACAUUCAAGAAAGAAGUGAUCCUGUAGAGCAAGGGAAACCAGUUAUACCAGCAGCAAUUCUAGCAGGCUUUACAGGCAGUGGACCUAUACAACUGUGGCAAUUCCUUCUGGAGUUACUAACAGACAAAUCCUGUCAGUCAUUUAUUAGCUGGACUGGAGAUGGCUGGGAGUUUAAACUUGCUGACCCAGAUGAGGUGGCACGACGGUGGGGAAGGAGGAAAAACAAGCCAAAAAUGAACUAUGAGAAACUAAGCCGAGGCCUGCGCUAUUAUUAUGACAAGAACAUCAUCCACAAGACAUCAGGGAAGCGCUACGUGUACCGGUUUGUAUGUGACCUACAGAACCUGCUGGGGUACACGGCAGAGGAACUUCAUGCCAUGCUGGGAGUGCAGCUAGACACAGAAGAUUGAGCACUGCAAUAUCGUGCAAAACUGGCAAAGAUUGCAAGAUUUUGAACUGUGACUAGGACCUAUCUACAGUCGGUCUUGACUGUUCAGAUUGGUGCAACUGUUAAGAAAUAAGGACCUUGAACUGGUUUUGUAAUCGGGGAAAGCUGAAGGAAGAAGUGGCCUUAUUUCAUCAGACGCAAUGGCUUCAAGUAUUGCUGCACCAAGUUCUUUAGAGCAGUGUGGCAGAUGGCACAGUGCCUAGCUCUAACCUGAAGACAUGAAAAUGCUCUAGGGUUAAAUGUUUUGGCUUUUUACAGUGCCAUAUAAUUAUGGGUUGUUUUUAAUACCAAAGGUUGGAGAGUGACCAAUAAUACAUCAGAAUUCUAGCUCAAAACUUAACAACCACGUUGCUUACAUCAUGAUAUGCAUUUUAAAAAAAAACAAAAAACUACGUAACCUUUAUUUUAAAGCAGAGACAGACACAAAUUUGUAUUGUACAUUUUAUUACACAACAUGUUAGGUACAGAAACAUUUUGUUUUAUGUUUCAAAACUAGGUGUAGCAAUUAUUUUUUUCCUUUCAAGGGAGAGUGGAAAAAAUCACACCAUUUCAAGUCAGUUUGUAUAUAUUUAAUGUUCCUAUUUAACAGAUAUUGUAUAAUGUAAUUUAAACUAAUUGUAUGUGCAUUUUGAAAUAGGAAGAAUGUAAACGUUUUGUUUCAUGUUUGAAUAGGACAUACAACAUUUUGCAGUUUGAGGAAGUCUGUAAAGUGCCUAGUAGAUUAUACUGUAGGCCUGCAAUAUGAAAGUUUAGAUGGAGGGUAUUGGUUGAAUAUUUUGCCAUAACUGUAGCUGGCAAACUUUGUUCAUUUUGGCAUUUUUACAAGAAACUAAUGUAGUCUGGAGCAUAAAGGGCCUGUUUCUCUUAAAAACAUUAACAUGGAUAAAUGGUGCAUGUUUUUUCACGUCUAUGCAUGUCCUUUUAAAAACAAUUUUAUAUAGAAGCCUUUUUUUCUGGUUUAUCCCAUCUGAUUAAAAUAUGAAUUCUAUUUUUGGAAAUGUGGCUCCUUUUUCAGAGCUCAAGAGGGAUUUAUGUAGCAGCUAUUUUUUACUGCAAAAAAAAUUCACUGGAAAAAUGUAAUUUGUAAGAGCUUUAUUUUUUAUCUGAGCUUGAUGUACAUUGAACUGUGUUGUACAGUGUGAAGGAGAGAAAAUACAAAUCUUUAUUAAAACAUCUUAAACAGAAAAAA